UGAGCCCAGGUGAAAGCCUUUGCACAGCUGCUGGUGCACUUUAACUGGACUUGGGUGGGGCUGCUGCGAGGAGACCAUGAUUAUGGCCGCUUUGCUGCAAAAGGUCUACUGAGAGAAUUACAGGACACCAAAGUAUGUGUAGCGUACCAAGAAAUUAUUCCUCUACUCUACACUCGCCAGGCGGGACUAAGGAUCAUGAAGGUGAUGCGUAGCUCUACUGCAAAAGUGGUGUUGGUAUUUGCAUUUGAGGGGGAGAUGACACCUUUCUUGAGAGACUACAUGACUCAGAACAUCACUGGAAUCCAGUGGGUGGCGAUUAAUGCCUGGGUCACAGCAUCAGUCUUUUCAGGGAGAGAGUAUUACCCUUACUUGGGAGGAACCAUUGGGUUUAGCAUCAGAAAAGGUCAUAUCUCCAGACUGGGUGACUUCCUGCAGACAGUAAACCCUAAGAGAUAUCCUGACAAUGUGCUGGUGCAUGAGUUGUGGGAGUCUCUGUAUGGCUGCAGUCCUUUUCCAUCCUCUGUCACCCAGAUGCCACCGUGCUCAGGGCAGGAGUCUCUGCUGGAACAGCACUCAGCCUACAUGAAUACAUCCAGCCCUAGAUUCUCUUAUAAUGUAUAUAAGGCUGUAUAUGCCAUUGCCCAUUCCCUGCACAACCUCCUUCUCUGUCAGCCAGGGAGGGGGCCUUUCCAGAACAGUUAUGGAACAGGCAGGAACCCAGUCCUCAGUGUACAGCUUGUAACCAUGUGA